AUGUCAGAACAACAAGUUAAGAGAAGAAGAGUCACUAGAGCAUGUGACGAAUGCAGGAAGAAAAAGGUUAAAUGUGAUGGUCAACAGCCGUGUAUACAUUGUACAGUUUAUGCUUAUGAAUGUACUUAUAAUCAACCCAGUAAGCGGAGUAAUAAUAGUUCUACUACUACCAUUCCUAAUAAUAAUAAUGGACUGACUAUUAGUAAUAGUAGUACAAGACUAAAUCAAAAUAUGAUGAAUCCUUCAGCCGCGGUAUUAGGUGGAAAUAAUUCUACGAUACAGCUUAAACUAGAAAAUGAUCCUUCAAAUAAAAUGGGGAUAAUGAAAGCAUUGGGUGGUAUGAAUGGAAGUAGUAAUAAUAAUGGAAUUAGUCCACAAGAAAUGUCCAAUAUGAAUAUCACCCCAACAGAACAAUUUACUUCAAAUAAUAGUCAUAGUAAUAGUGGUAUCAACAUUUUCUCAGUAAUUCCAAAUAAUUCGUCUUAUAUGGCAGGUACAACGAGUUCAUCAGGUACAGGUAAUACAAAAAAGACAAAUACAAAAAAAGUUGGAAAACUUCAAAAUGACUUAAUUAAAUACCAACAAUUAUUUAGUGUACUACUACCAAAUUUACCACAAGUAGAAACAUUAGAUAUUCCCACUUUUUCACAAAUAGUACAAAAUUUUAAAGGACAUUCAGUUAAUUAUUUGGAAGAUGCCGUAAAAGAAUAUCAUUUAAUAUCAGGAGAUUCGGUAUCACUAGUUAAUCGUACGUCUCCAGGGAUUACUAGUCCAGAUGGUAUGUCAAAAAAUGUCAAAAUAUUUUCAACAAAUUCAGCUGAUUCAAAUAACGAAUCUGUAGAAGGUACAAUGUCUAAUACACCAAAUAUCGGAAGAGAGAUUAAAAUUAUGUUACCUCCUAAAAAUAUUGCUUUACAUUUUGUGGAAAAUACUUGGAAGUAUUGUUGUGUCUUGUUAAGAUUUUACCAUAGACCUCUUUUCAUUCAACAACUAAAUGAAUUAUAUGAUACCGAUCCAACUAAUUACACCCAGAAGCAAAUUAAUUUCUUGCCAUUGUGUUAUUCGAUAAUGGCAGUAGGUGCUUUAUUUUCCAAAUCUUUAUCAGGUGGUAGUGCAGGUAGUUCACCAAAUAAGGAUAUUCGUGAGCAAGACGAAACUGAAAGAAAAUUGUUACAAGAUGAAGGGUAUAAAUACUUUAUUGCAGCAAGAAAAUUGAUAGAUAUCACCAAUACCAGAGACUUGAACUCUAUUCAAACAGUGGUCAUGUUGUUUAUUUUCUUGCAAUGUUCUGCACGUUUAUCUACUUGUUAUGCUUAUAUUGGUGUCGCGAUGAGAAGUGUCCUUCGAGAAGGUUAUCAUAGAUUAACACCAGCCAACUCCGGUUUGAACCCUAUUGAAAUUGAAGUGCGGAAGAGAUUAUUCUAUACAAUUUACAAACUGGAUAUCUACGUUAAUGCAAUGUUAGGUUUACCUAGAUCCAUAUCAGUAGAUGAUUUCGAUCAAACAUUACCAGUAGAACUUUCAGAUGAAAACAUUACUGUUGAUGCAUAUCUACCUGAGAAUCAGCAUUCGGUACUGUCGAGUGUGGCUAUUUCUAAUCAUCACACAAAAUUAAUAAUGAUAUUAAGUGAAAUAGUAGCCGAGUUAUAUCCUGUUAAGAGAACUAAUAAUAUUAUAUCGCAUGAAACUGUGACUAAUUUGGAAUUAAAAUUGAGAAGUUGGGUUGAUCAGUUACCAAAAGAAAUGAAACCAAAUGCUACUGGUCUAGAACAAAGAUGUGAAAGAGCAAAUAAACUAUUGCAUUUAUCGUUUUUACAUGUUCAAAUUAUACUCUAUAGACCUUUUAUUCAUUACGUUUCGCACAAAUACGCUGCUUCGGCACCAGAUCCUCUGUCUUUGCAAAGGGCAAGAAAUUGUAUUAAUGUCUCCAGAACAGUAGUAAAACUUGGUCAAGAUAUGUUAGAUAAGUCGCUUAUUGCAGGUUCAUAUUGGUACGCUAAUUAUACUAUUUUCUAUUCAGUAGCUGGUCUACUGUUCUACACUCAUGAAGCUGAACCAAGCGAUAAGGACAGUGCACGCGAAUAUUAUGAUAUAUUGAAAGAUGCUGAGAUUGGAAGAAAUUUAUUAUUAAGAUUAAAGGACUCAAGUAUGGCGGCCAAUAGAACAUACAACAUUCUGAACAAAUUAUUUGAAAAGCUAAACACUAGAACUAUUCAACUGCUCUAUCCUUGGGAUAAUAGUAGUAGUACUACUAUUAACAAUAAUAAUACCACACCUAAUUCAACUAGUAAUAUAAAUUAUUCUAGUAAUGUGUCGCCGGAGAGUAGUUCAUAUGACAAAGAUAUUAAUAAUGAUAAUGAAAUAGUAAAAGAUUCUCUAAACUUUCCAGGAAAUGAUGAUUCAAAGGCAGACCUGGACCUCGAAAAUUUCAUAAAGACCCUCCCACAACCAAAUCAAGAAGAGUUCAGUACUGGUAAUUCGAAGGUAACAAAUAACGAUCAAGGUCCUACUAUGUUUAACUAUAAUUCUAAUACCAAUGAAUUGUUGACACAGUCGGAGUCUGAUGAUAACUUCAAAAAUAUGCAAAACGUCACACCAAUUGGAAAUCCAGGAACCAUAUCUAGUUUAUCGUCCGAUCGAUCUCACUUAAAACCUAAACCUGAAAAUAAUGAUAAUAUGGAUGUUUUAAAUGUUUUUGAUCAGUUAGAUGCUCAAUUAUUUGGUAAAUAUGUUCCAGAUACUAACUUGGAUGGUUCAAGUUAA